UUUCAGCCCCUGCUUUAUUAUUAAGAUGAGUCACUCACCUGUUGCUGAUUAUUUUUCUAAAAUUUGAUUAUGCCUUAUAACCUUGAAAAAUUUUCUGUUGUUCCAAGCAAAAAAGAAUUCACCAGUGGUCUUUGAAAAAGGAAUUUUCUACCUGUGUUUGGAUCUUUUUUUUUUUUUUUUUUUGAUAGGUCUACCUGUGUUUGGAUCUAAGUGACCACUUUAUCUUAACUGGAUGAAGGAAUGGUUGAGAUAAUUUCCUUAUGUUAUUGAGAGAAUCAAGGAGUAAAUAUACAAGAAUAAGAUCCUUUCACGUUACAGAGAAAUAUGAUAAAGAAAAACAUAUAGCAUUAACCUUAAAACUAUCAAUUCAACUUGCAGUGAGUGCUGCCCAACCUCUGUCAAUAGCAGAAAUGUUAUUUACUGUGAUUGGUGAGAUGAUAUAUUGGUUCUUUUUGUGGCUGAUAACCAGAACUUAAGAGCAAGAAAGAGGGUGGGGGUAAGAGUGACAAUUGAAAUAGUAACUUAGAUCUCAGUGUUUGUAUAUAACUGCAUAUUUUAUACGUAUAUAACUCAUAAUUCUUUAAAAUGUAGAAUGGAGUCAAUGACUAAAAGUGAACUGUGUUUUUCCAACUUUUUUGCCUAUCCCCAAGUCCAUGAAACCUUGAAGAACAUUUUGAAGGGACCAACUUUCCUGGACUGAGCAGCCAUGUAGUGUUUUCAUGGCUGUGAAAGGAGGAACGUGCUGGUUUGCAGUGGACUCCAAGUCUUUUGGACCUUUCUGUAGAGGUGGUGAUAGGGGAAAAGCUGAGAGGUGUUAUUGAGGAAAGAGGCAUAGGUUUCUCUGCCUGGAUUAGGUUUGAAGAUCUGAUCUUAUGUUGCUUGUUGGAAGGGGUGGAAACUUGCUACAGAGAUGAAGAUUUGGUUAGGUGGAAGGAAGUUUAAGUUAGAACGACGUUUGAAUAAGUCGGGGAGGUUUUUGUUUUGCCCUAUUGUGGCUGAAGGGGCGAAGAGAUCUUCAUUGAUCUUCCUUGAAGGGAGGGAUCUACACAGGGGAUGGUUUGUAUUGGCGGAGAAGCUUUGUCAUCUAGGAGUUGUCCCCUCAACAGAAGUUAGGAAAGUGGUCUCCCUUGCAAAGGUAAGGAGUACGCCAAGGGAGUUGACAGAAGAUGGGACAUUUGCAGAUGCGGUUAGGAAGGAUUUGGGUGUGGUCAGAGAAUCAGUUUGGCUUCAGCUUGGGGAGAGUGAGGUGCAAUUUAGGGAGGAGCAAUUAAGUCAGUACUUGGUCUGGUGGUUUGGUAAGGUCUCAGUCCCGUUACCAAAGUUAACUUCGGUGGAAAAACUUGUGACGAAUCUGUGGUCUUUUGCAAAGGGGGAAGGGGUGAAGAUUUCAGGUUUUAGGGUAGCCUUGCUUCUUUUUUAUUUUGAAGUUAGUUUUGAGGCGGAGUUGGUGCUUGCAAGAGGUUCAAGAAGGCUUAGGGAGAGAGUUUUGCAUCUGAUGAGAUGGACGCCCGAGGUUGGUUGCUUGCGACAAGGCGGGGGUUUGCUAUGUAAGUGUGGGUAAGGGUUUUGGGUCUCCCUUUGCAUCUGUGGAGUGAGGGGGUGUUUAAAAAAUUAGGUGAUUGUUGCGAUGGUUUUGCUGUUGUGGACGAAAAUACAUCUCUUCUGUAUAAUUUGUAGUGGGCUAGAAUCUUGUUAAAAUCUAAUAGGAGCGUCUUACCCAGUUGGUUGCAAGUGGUUGUGGGUCUCUCCAGUUUUUCUAUUUAGUCAUGGUGGGAAGCUCCACCCAGGUUUUCGUUUGCAAUCCCGCAAAGAAGCGGUGAGCCUUGCAUGUUGAAG